GUUCUAUUAACCUACAAUCUCAUAAUUAAUUUAGACUUUUAAUUAAAUUCUUCAAGUCUUUCUUUCCUUUGCUUUCUCCGGCGUCGGAGUUUUGGAGUUUCGGCGGCAUUGUACCAACAAUUUCCUACUCUCACCAGUUCACUGCACCAUCCAGCCAGUUUUCUUUAUCCAAGUUCUCACUUCAGGGCGCUAAUCUGAUCUCCGAAAACUACUUUCUCUAAUUCAGAAAUGGCAACUACUUUACGCCUGUAUUUGACGUGCAUACGAAACACUCUUGAGGCCGCCAUGUGCCUUCAGGUUCGGGUAAACUUUUCAUCCUACGAAUUAUUUGCCUAACGAACUUCAGGAAUGCGAUGUUACUGAACGCAUUGCUUGUAAUUGUUUCUUGAAGACUUAAGUUAAUGUAAUUUCAUUGAGAAACUUCAUAGACAUCCGGAAUAUCCUCCAAGUCACCAGUCUGAAUGUUAAGAGAGAGUAGUGAAUUCUAAGUAUCUUUUGGUAUUUACAUUGACUUGGGAGUGAAUGAAACUUUUCAGCUGUACAUGACCAGUUACGUUUGUAAUUUUCCUUGUCAAGAAGUUGAAAGACACAACAAGCCGGAAGUUGAACUAAAGACCAGCUCAGAGCUUCUUCUCAAUCCUAUCUUAAUAUGUAGAAAUGAGUCAGAGAAGUGUUUGAUUGAGACAUCUAUAAACUCUCUCCGUAUCAGUCUCAAGGUUAAGCAGGCAGAUGAACUAGAGAAUAUCCUAACUAAAAAGUUCCUUCGAUUUCUGUCAAUGAGGGCAGAAGCUUUCCAGGUGUUGAGAAGAAAACCUUUACAGGGAUACGACAUUAGCUUUCUUAUAACGAACUAUCAUUGUGAGGACAUGCAGAAGCAAAAACUCAUUGAUUUUAUUGUACAGUUUAUGGAGGAUAUUGAUAAAGAGAUUAGUGAACUUAAAAUGUCCGUGAACACUCGAGGAAGGCUUGUAGCAACAGAGUUUCUAAAGCAAUUCAUAUGAUGUCUCUUUCUCUAUCUUGAUUGCAUGGAAUUCCUAAAACUAUAGUUUCGGAUAGAGAUGUAAAAUUCUUGAGCCAUUUUUGGAGAUCCCUAUGGAAGAAAUUUGACACCAACCUCCUGUUUAGUACCGCCAGCCACCCACAAACCGACGGCCAAACAGAGGUGACCAACCGAACUCUUGGCAACCUCAUUCGAUGCCUUAGCGGGGACAAGCCUAAACAAUGGGACCUAGCUUUACCUCAAGCAGAAUUCACCUUCAACCACAUGGAAAAUCGCUCAACAGGGAAGUCUCCAUUUGAGGUUGUAUACACUAGUCUCCCUCGGGUAACUUUUGAUUUAGCUAAUCUACCUUCUGUUGUUGAUGUCAGUAUGGAGGCUGAAGCAAUGGUUGAACGUAUCUCCAAGCUACACCAAGAAGUCAAGAGUCAUCUAGAGCUUGCUAAUGACUCCUACAAAACAACCGCCAACUAUCACAAACGCUUUAAGGAAUAUAGUAGGUGACCUAGUUAUGGUGCACCUUCGAAAGUCAAGACUACCUGCUGGUCAUCACUCCAAAGUGACCAACAAGCGCAUGGGCCCAUUUCAAAUAUUGGAAAGACUCGGCCCCAAUGCUUACCGAGUAGACCUCCGAGCAAACAUGAGAAUCAACCCAUCUUUCAAUGUUGCCAACUUAUCACCUUACUAUGCACCAAAUUCCUUCUCUUUAGCUCCCUAAUCUUCACUUGAGAUCGAGUUUUACCCUAGAGGAGGGGUUUUGAUGUAGAACAUCUCCCUUCUUGAUGUUUCUUGAAUUUUAUCCUAGAAGAGGGGUUUGAAUUACCAUUUUUAUAGUUUUGGAUUAAUUUCCAAUUUUGUAUCUUGAGUUAGUUAUAACUAACUCAACUCCAAGUUAAACUAACUCAACCCCAAGUUAGUUUAACAACCCUUGUAAUCUCCAACCUAUAAAAAGGCUUCUCAUUUUCAUUAAUAAGACAUAAAAAAAAAGGCAUUAUACAUA